AUGAGUGGUAACUCUGCUGAGGAGCUGGUCCAGGCCUGCCUGGGACCCAAAGCAACAGGUGAAGUGUCAGCAGCUAAGUUCAAAUCUGCCCUGAAUGAGAUCUACAUACAGAACGGACAGGUGGACAGAGACUUUGUCAACAGCCCAGCCCAUCAUUUUAACUCUGAGGCGUUUGCUCUGGGCCGGCGCCUUAUAACUGAUGGGGUGGCCAGCAUCAAGGCCAACGUACAAAAGGAGAACUUCCUGGCUGCCAGAGAGACACUGGGGAGAGUACUACACACACUACAGGACUUCUACAGCCACAGUAACUGGGUGGAUCUGGGAUACACUGAACCCUACGCCAACCUGAUCCGCCCCGAUCUCCCACUGGAAAACCUGGCAGAUGUUAAAACCCCGACCUGCAGUGACUGUGCCAAUGGAGGGUUCUGUUCCAACUCCAUCCUGCCUAACAUCCUUAAUGAGAAGAAACUCACCUCUGGGUACAUGGGGAUCUUGUCCUCAGCUAAGCCUAAAGGUAAGUGUAGUCAUGGCGGUGCAGCUGACCUAACCAGCUCCAAGGCUCCUCGCGGGGGCAUCAGCAAGGAUGAGCGUCGCUCUGACAACGUGGCCCUGCACACCGCUGCUGUCACCGUGGCAACAACCGCAACCCUCCAGCUGCUGGAUGACAUCCGGGGCGCCGCCGGUGACAACAACUACCUACGCUUCAUGGGCAUAGCGCGUUCGUCAGUGGUUGUUUUUGUGAUCGACACCACGGGGAGCAUGAGUAAUGACAUCCUUGAAGCCAAGAGAGUCGUCUAUGAGAUCAUCGACAGCAAGAAAGGAACACAGGAUGAGCCAUCCCAGUACAUCCUGGUCCCAUUCAACGAUCCAGAGUUUGGACCCCUGAUAAAAACGACAAACCCUAAUGUUAUGAAAGCAGAGAUCGCUAACCUCACGGCUGAAGGAGGUGGAGACCUCCCUGAGAUGUGCCUAUCAGGGCUCCAGUUGGCGCUGACCGGUGCUCCUGCGUCGUCCAACAUCUAUGUUUUCACAGAUGCCGUUGCCAAGGACAUUGAAUUAAAGGAAACGAUCGUGGCCCUGAUCAGGAGCACCAAGUCAACCGUGUCUUUCUUCAUGACUGGUGAUGGUGCUGGUGCUAGAAGGAGGAGGCGUGGAGUAGAGUCCAGCGAAGCUACAUUCGAGACCUACAAGGACCUGGCGCUGGCGUCUGGUGGUCAGGCCAUUGGAGUCACCAAGGAAAAUCUGCCCCAGGCCACUGACGUCAUCAUCGACUCCUCCACCUCCGCUCUGGUGAUAGUCCUACAGCGAGCGAGGAACCCAGGCAGAGCUGAGACAUUCUCCUUCCUGCUGGACGAGUCUCUGAACAACAUCACCAUCUACAUCACUGGAAAGUCCCUCACCUUCACCCUGAAGAACCCUGCAGGUGUGACCCAGAAACAGAAUGAGGCCAACGGGGAACUGGGGACUGUCCAGACGGUGGGCAACCUCUUCCGGGUCCGUCUGGCCUCCAACAAACAGACAGGAUUAUGGGAAAUCAGCAUGAACUCCAACCAGCCCUACACACUGAAGGUCACUGGUCAGAGUACCAUUGCCUUCAUUUAUGACUUUGUGGAGACUUUCGAGGGACCUCACCCAGGAUACGCCCUCAUCUCUGGCCGUCCACAAGCAGGCAUGCCUGCCAUGUUGUUGGUAUCGGUGUUGGGCAGAAAGGGCCCAGCCUCUGUCAAGGUGACCAACGUUGCCUUGGUGACAGUGUCAGGGUCAGAGGUCGUAGGCGGGGCCCUGGAAGACAUGGGCAACGGGAAGUUCCUAGUUACGGUAACCAAGGUCCCUGCGGGGAGUUUGUGGUGCUGCUGAACGGGACAGAUGUGGUCUCCUCCACCGUGUUCCAGAGACAGUCCACCACUCAGAUGUCUGUCUCCAAGGUUACCAUCAAGGCCGUGGUGGACAGAAGCAUGGAGCCUGGUAAACCCUUCACCCUUCCCUUCACCGUCAUGACCGACGCCACUGGAGGCAGCUACAAAAUCAGUGCCAGAAACGACCGAGACUUGGCAGG